CAUCAAACAUAAAAUUCGUACUCAAUGUAAACCUUCAAUAAUCCAAGUAGUCGAUAAUAUGGAAAAAAUCUCAUUGUACAAAUACUAGUGCUACUAAUACCAAUACUGUAGUGAAUGAGAACGCCAGUCGGUACAACCGAAUGUAUUCAACUGAGAAAUCAUAGAAUCUUUUAGUAAGAUCGGAGAACUAUUACUGUAAAUAAUUCAUUUGUAAAAUGUCAAUCAGUUAUCUCGUACUUCAUUGUUCCAUCGCUUUCACAUCAAUCACUCAUUUUCCUCUCUUUGAUCUUCUUAAUCUUCUGCCGCCAGGCAUUUCGCACACUACUUCCCCUUCUGAUUUUAUUGACACGUAUUUCUCAGUAGCGGUGUUCAUAGUCAACUGGGACUCGACUCCACGCUACAAUUGGUGAACCCAAAAGUACGAACACUUCUCAACCUCUGGUCAAACCUUCCAACGAAGCCAAUUGCGGUGAGUCUAUCGUUUGUCUAUCCAUGUCUGUUGUAUAUUUUCAUAUUAAUAUUUUUCAAUAUAUAAUAUACUCGACAUUGACGGAUAACGAUAGGAAUAAUAUUAAUAUAUUAGACUCCAGUGUACGCGUACCAAAUCUUAGGUGUCUUCCAUUCGUGUGACGAUAUUUGAGAAAUUUUCCCAAAUAACUAUUCUCACUGACCCGGAUGCUUGGUACGGAACGCAUACGCACUACCGCCUACCACCCAGCUUCAAAUGGUUUAGUUGAAAGGUUUCACCGCCAACUUAAAAGUGCUCUGCGAGCAUACGAAAACGACAAUUGGUACGAAACCUUACAGCUCGUCCUCUUAGGUAUCAGAACGAGCUUGAAGGCAGAUAUCCAAUGCUCCACCGCUGAACUUGUAUACGGCAUGACAUUGCGUCUGCCUGGAGAAUUCUUCACACCACGAAGCAUAUAUGAUUUCGGUAAAUCAGACUACGUCUAAUGACUGUCUGCAUUUAUGCGAACGCUGCCUCCGGUGUCAAUUCGAAUACAACAUCGACAGGUCGCUCUCCCUCGAGAGUUAUCUACCUGUUCACAUGUUUUCAUACGAGUAGAUUCGGUACGCAAACCUUUGCAACAACCUUACGAAGGCCCUUUUCACGUGAUCGCUCGUCACGGAAAGACCUUCAAAGUUGAUCGACAUGGCCGCGUCGAGAUCGUCAGCAUUGAUCGUCUCAAACCAGCACACGUCGAUGACAGUGCACUACCAGAUAACUUGAGACCCAAUGCUAGACCUAUCAAAUCAACUAGCGGGAUUUUUAAAUCUACUCCAAAUCCCACGAUAGAUACACCUGAGACCUCAUUCUCACGUCCCGGUCAACAGCACGUGUCAUCUGCAUCAUCUACGGACGAAACUUCAAUCUCACGUCCAGAUCAGCAGACCACGCCGCCCUUGACUUCGGAUGAGAUUGCAGGAUCACGAAAUACGAACGAGACUACAGUCUCACGUUCUGGUCGCUGAGUACGCUUACCCGUGCGCUUUCGCGACUAACCGCACAGUCAAUAAUGGAUACAGUGUAGGAUUAUUACUAUACUACAUGCAUGAUACACUUUUCUCUUUAUUUUGAUUUUUUUCUGCAUCCUGAGCCCACGCCCCCGACCAUUCCCGUCUGGUACCGUCGACUUCAGUCAACUUUGUCGAAAGCUGGUCUGGCCACCCACGCUCUUGUCAACGCACUCAGUCGAUAUUUUGGUUUCGAAUGUUUGGCAUACGCUUGGUCUCGAACUUGGUCGAUAUGGUCGCUUCUGGUUCCUCGGCUCAACGUGGUUCCGUCCUACGUCUGCAGAGUUUCUGGUCCGCAUCCCUACGAACGCAAUCUUCAGAUUAUGGAUACAAACCACUCUGGUGUCGUAUGCCAACUUGAGCAACAAAUACAGCACACUGCCCCUGGUACCGUUCUCCGAAAAAGACCUUCGUUGGCAACUCGACGAUCAACGAUCACUUUCCUGUUCCGCCAAUGCUUCCGUCCUACAAUCGCUCGUCAGCCGAUCAGUCCCACAAUUUAAACCGCUACUUAUCAAAGGUGUAAACCCUUUCUGGCGGGGGGCUCCUGUAGUGACUUACUUUUAUCACGAGAACGCGAUUGGUUUAAUGAAAACAACUAUUAUUAUAACCAAUUGCACCAAUGAUUGUUUUACUGUGCUCGUUUGUUUAAUUGUGCUACCAUUAUUCUCUAUUAUUGUUUCGCGGUUAGUGUCUUCGCUCGCACGUACUCCCUUCUGCAGCUUCUGCUUGUACCAUUUCUUGGCACGAUCUUGGUAUUCUUUCGAUACCACGAGACCGCCAAUCAAAUAAACUUGGUUCUAUUCCGCCUUCUGAUUUUAUUGACACGUAUUUCUCAGUAGCGUUGUUCAUAGUUAACUGGGACUCGACACCACGCUACAAAAUAAUCCUUUUUGCCAGUAAAAAUAAUGUCAACAUUUCAAUAUCUUUCAAGUUAAUCAAUAAGCGAAUGACUUCAAAUUUACUACGCUUUACUAAACGUAUUGCUAGAAAACCAUAUUUGUGCAUCUAAACAUGUAUAAUCACUUAUCUUGUUUCACCUAGGUGAUGCCACUUCCAAAUGUCCGUUAGGCAAUUUUUUUCUCUCAGUCAUAUUCCUUGUUCCCGACCGUAGCAGGUGCCUUGACGUGGUGUUUAGACUUGCCUAUCGUGAUGACCCAACCGAGCUAUAUUGUCUGGAACAUAUGUUCUUGUAGGUUAGUUAGAUAGUUAAUUCUUUGAAGCGACCUAUGAAAUUAACUUUCCUUUUUUACCUUUCUGCUUUCAUGUCCUUUACAAUUUUCUUCUCUUUAGAACGAUCAUAUGGUUAAUCUAUAAAUAAAUAGCGCUAUAGAAAGCGUUGGCAUGUGAGAUCAAAAGCCUUGGAUUCAAACCUAAGAUGCAGAGUCAUAGCUGAGCACUGCUAAGAGGUAACAUAUUAGGAUGUGGAAGUCGUUCAGUUCUUUUAUCUUUUCAAUCAUUGUCUAACUUAGAUAAGUUUGUAAUUUAAAAUUUAUGAAACUUCUAUAAUCCUACACAAAACAGUUUUAAUUGUUCUAUAGUUUGGGGCCUUGUCCUAAUAUGCAUCUAUUCACUAUACCCAAUUUCAAUCAGAACAUUUUGCACCCAAAGUAUGUACACCGUUUUUGUUUGUAUUUCCUAAAUAAUUCAUGUUAUUCUUUCUAGUCUAUAAGCAUAUGAAGUGAGUCCAUAAAAUAAAAAUGAAUUCUUAAGUGAUUGGAUAUAAUUAACAGGGUAUCGUAGAUUUAGAUUUUGUUCUAUUUGAAGCUGUUCUUAAAUUAAAGUACUGAGUUGCAUGGAAUUGACUUUGUCAAAGACAAUCAGUUACAUCAAAAUUACAGGUACAUCUUGUAAAUGAGUAGUGCUAAAUAGUAUGGAACCUUGGUCGAAUUAAGUUUCCUGUCGACUAUCUCCAACCAUCCCAUGUGAAAACAUAGUGCAUGUGAUGUUGAAUCAUUAAGGCUAGUGGUCACAUUGUAACAUGAUCGACAGAACUCCAUCAAUAUUAAAGGGACUAAGCUAAUAUAACAUUGUUCACUACAAAAUGACUGAUCAACUGUAAAAAUGCUUUCCCAUUACUGUGAUAUAAAUAUGGUACCAAUAUUUAUAAAAUAUCGAAAAAAUAUAUCUCGAUCAUUGCUACUACCUUGAAGUGGUUGUAGAGUUUGCUUGUUGUAAUGAACAGAUCGGGAUGUGCUGUCUGGAAAAAUAGUUCUUUAAGGUCUUACCAUUUCAGGCAGAUCGGUUAAUGAGCGGUAAAAUUAAAAACAGCAAACCCAAGGUCCGAGGGUGAAGUCGUACUGCUGACUGUAUGGAGGUCUGACGGCAGUAAAGUGUUUCUCUCAUCAUAACAGUAAUACUGCCUUCCCAGAAGGAAGGAUGAGGUUGGAAAAGAUCGACCCUUAAAAUGCACACCUAGCCUUAUUCCAUGGAUAUCCGUCUCCGUCAGUAAGGUCUAAGCAAGUACGGCACCAACACAAAAAUUACCCACAAAAAGGCUGUAUAUGACCGGUCUCAAGCACUGCGGUCACGCUCCCAGGUCGCUAAGACAAACUCUAAUCCAAUUUCCUUUUCAGAUACCUCCAGUACAAC